GUCACCGGCUCGCCUGCUCAGCGGACGUGAACAUGGCGGCGGUGGAUGUCAUUGUGAACAACCUGGUGACUCUCUGGAGGAUCCCGGCCGUCCGGCAGAACUUCCACUGGAUCUUCCUGCUCAUCUCCGUCGUGGGUUCGAUCCUGAAGGAGCUGCAGCUCGUACCGCAGACGUACUUCAGCAGCAGCAGGAAUGCGCUGAAUGUGUAUUUUGUGAAAGCGUCCUGGGGAUGGACGCUGCUGCUGCUGACGCCCUUCCUCCUCCUCUCCAACUCCUCCUUCAGCAGAAGCGCGUACUUCCUCGGCCGGCGGCUGCUGUCUCUGGCGGUGGCCACGGCCGUCUGGUACGUCUGCACCGAGACCUUCUUCUACAUCGAGGACGCGACCGGCUCGUGUUUUGAAACCGACGCCGCGGACGUUCUCAAGAAGGAGUUCACAACCAAAGUCAGCUGCAGGCAGGCGGGCUUCCGCUGGCACGGCUACGACAUCUCGGGACACUCCUUCAUCCUGGCCUACUCCGCUCUCUUCAUCGUGGAGGAAACGGCUCCCAUGGCGUCCCUGAAGACCGCCAGCAUCUCGGCGCUGCCCAAGCUGGUCCUCAACCUGCUCUACGUGGCCUUGAAUCUGAUAGUGAUCAUUUGGGUGUGGAUGUUCGCCUGCACCUCUGUUUACUUCCAUGACCCGUCUCACAAGUUGCUCGGGACCGUAUGCGCCCUGCUGGGGUGGCAUCUGACAUAUCGUGUUUGGUAUCUAAAACCUUUGUCGCCAGGACUCCCCCCUCAGCGCCACCCGAAAGAACAGAAACAGCACGCCUAAGCUGCAGUCAUACCUUCCUGUACAACGCCGUCGCCAAUGUCGUAGCCAUCCUCCGAACAGUCGAUGUUAUCUGUCCUCGGGUCCAAGCUGGCAAUGCUAUUUUAAGCUAUUUUAAGUUAUUCCCUCCUCACAGAAAGGACGGUUUGUACAGGACCACUGGCUCGCAGUUCCUUCGUGGUCGUUUGGCAGCUGCUGUUCCCAAAAUGACUCUUGGUAAUCCGAGAUAAAAGCAAGACGCUGCUCUGCUGCCCAGCUUCCAGCCUCUCACCUUCAGGCUCAGCGGCCGCGCACUGCUACACCAUUGUCUCCCAGUUUGUUGCCUUAUAGUGCUUUACUCAGAGUAAUCACAGUUUUUAGACGUCUGAGUGGGAACACUUUGAGAAUGUUUACAGCUCCAGUUGUGUAGCACUGAUGACGUGUGUGUGUGUGUGACCAACUAAUGUUCCGUAGCUGUUCAUUUUUGUCCUUUUUAAUAGGAAACUACCGACUGAACAAAGUCAGAUCAGACACAUUUCAUUUCAAUGAGCUGUCUAUUUUUUAUCACAUGGUUUUCUGGUUAGUGUGACAACAGUUUGUGUUAAGUUUGCUCAGAGGAUGUUGAGCUUGAAUAGCAGAUGUAAAGGUAAUUUUAAUGUGUCAUGAUGCGUGGAGUGUAAUUGUAAGCCAACCCUGCAAGUGCAAAUUAUUAAUAUUAUUAAUAUGUUGUAAAGGUUGAAGAUGGAAAUAUCGACAGUUAUUUCCGUUAUAGAUAAUCUGAUGGUUAUUUUAAAAAUGUUCACACAGGUGAUCUUCAGGUGUCUUGUUUUGUCCGAGCAACAAUCCAAAACCCAAAGACAUUCACUUUACUAUCACAUAAAGCAAAGAAAAGGAAAAAAAACUUGAAAACAAGCCACAUUCAAUUUCUGAUGAUGGACUAAUCCAUUAAUCAACUAAUUGUUUUAGUUGUAAUUUUAUUUAAUGUCAACACCAACAUGAAAUGACCAAAACUGAAUUUAACCCACUAACUAGUACUGUAUUAUAAAUAUUGCCAAAGUCUGAUAUAUCUCUUCAUCUGUGCCACAGAGUUGCAGCUUUAAACAAUUAAAAACACAAUUCACACACACACACACACACACCCCGUCCUGCUGCCAUAAAUACUCACUAGAUUACCAAAUGUGUAUGAGUCCGCAUGUGAAAAUAGUCCCGAACAAAUGCUCUAUUUGUUUAAAUCUACAGUGCCAAGCUGCUACGGGAAAUAAUUUCUAGUUUAAAAACUGAAAGUUUCUAAUUGUUGUUAAAGAUUUCGUCCUCCUGAGUGCCGCAGACAGUAAACCUGUUAAGUAUUAAAGGAUGGAUUAAAACAUUGAAGGUUUUGGUCUUUUCAUGGGAUUUGUUGACAAUAAGGAUGCCAAUAGAGUAACGCCAGCCUUGUCCUGUAAUGAGGUAUUUGGGAAACGUAGGUUCAUGUAAAUCAUAGCAGUGUUUUUAAUGAUAUUAACGAUUUUAUAAAUCAAAAAAGUGACGUGUUAAAAACACAAUCUCUCUCUAGAGUGCAGGGAACAUGGUGGGUUUUGGUGAAAUCAAAUAAAACCAGGAUCUGUGUAUUCCAUUUUUCAUUAUUUAUUUGUCAUUGAUGGCAACUGAAUAAAUUAAGGCUUAUGAACAAACAUCAUAAAAAGCACCAUAAAUAAAUGCAUAUAUAGAAAUAUAAAAAAUAAAAAGUAAAAAAUAAAAAAAUACUAUAGUGAAAUAUAAUGGCCACAAAUCACAACUAGGAUUUCUCGACUUUCUCUCGACUUUGUGUGUUCGGUACAGAAGUACAGAUCCAAACCCCUCAGGUAGCAUGAUUUCAGUCAGAAGAAGCAGUGGAGUCGGAACAGAUCGCAGUAAUCAAAAUGCACCAAGCGUUCACAAUGAUUGGCUGGUUAUGAAGUUUCUUGACGUUGUCAUCGGCUGUCAGUGAAUAAAAUAAGUGAAUGUUUCAGCAUCGAAAAGUCAACAUAAAUAAGCACAUUUUAUGAUUAAAUCACAACAGGAAAUCGUACUUUACACCUUUUGUGUCGUCUUGCUUGCUUCAAAACU